GCUAAUAUGAUUUAUCAGUGUGAGUCGACGCAAAUACCUUUUGGUUGAUCCUUUUGUUGCGAAGGAGCGCAUGCUGCGACUUAGCAAAUUCUGGAUAUGUUCGUUACAACAGCUACUGCGCCGCACAGUAUCCAAAAAAAAAAAUAGUCGCAGGGAAAGUAUAUAAGGCGACUAACAUCAGGGUGUUUUGACAUAGGUCUGCGUAAUCCUCUCGCAUCCCUGGCUUAUCUUUCGUCUUUGGUCUGAUAUCAGCUUACAUUGAGCUCUGAGCCAUGGAUUCGUUUACAGUCGUAUCGAUCCCCGCGACGUCGUCCGAAACUAACGGAGUUCCCGUCGCUCGUGAGAGUAACGGCAGUAGUCGUACAUUCUGCGUCAUUUCCAAAUGUGAUGAUACCGAGUCGACACCGGAGGACGCUGAGACUUCUUACUCCAGUCGGACCUUCUGCGUUAUAGCCUAAUUUCGCUCAUACCGCUGCUUAUCCAGAUCAGUCUCGUGUGUCGGGCACAAGGGUUUCCGUUUUGGUUCGAACGUCCUGGUGCAUUGUCAGGACACGUCGCUUCCGUUUGGGUUGACUUCCGUCUUGAUUUAUACUUGCGUUUGGCUGUACCUCGAUGCGUCUGGAUGUCGUUUGCUUGUCCUGAGAAGUUGCACAUCUAAAUCCAUAAUGUAUUUAUGCU